AGGGCCACUAACACACCACACAUUCACACACCUACCAGGGCCCAGUAAACCACCACACAUUCACAGACCUAACCUUAGUGUGUGCCCAUAAUGCCAUCAGUAAGCAGACCUUUACUAAACAGUUGGUUUACACAUUUGCAUAGUAACACAUUUAUAUAAUUUAGUUUACAAAUUUAAAUAAAGUAACAAACAUCCCCAUCAUAUAAUAGUAACCGUGUUAAAUGUUUGUCAUUCAGCAUUUAACUUAAUUUAAUUGAAGUAAUUAUUAAUAAAAUUGCCAUGCCAGGUGAGGUCUGUGAUUCGAAUCCAAUACACUUUCUGUCAAAUUCAACUCGAACUGAGCCAUACACUGUUCCAGCAAAAUAAGCGCGUUGCUUCUGGAGGACUGAAGGCAUGGGUGUUAUUUGAUUGACUGUUGAGUGCAAAUAUCAACAGUUUUUCCCCUGAAUCACAGACUACACCUUUAAUAUUAACAGAAUGAAAACAUGUCGCGGUAGCAAGUGUUCUGAUGUUGUGGUGACCCCCUCCUGCAGGGUAUCUGUGUGCGCUGGAUGCUGCCGAGAGGGCCCCGCUCAUGCGCCCCCCGGGCCCUAUGUCUGACGGCCAGUUCUACUCGCCUCCGGAGUCUGUGGCAGAUUCUGAUGAUGAGUUAUUGGAUGAGGAUAAACAUGACCCUGAGAAGCCCAUUAUCUAACAGGAACCCUCUUCUCACAGCCAUGUGGCGUAAACACAUGCUGGGGCCACCAUACUGGUGUCUGACAACCCCCCACCCCCACCCCCCGAAGCUCAGCAAACCCUCAUGGUUUCCACUCUUCCCACCAAUCCUGUCUGAGCAGGAGGAUGGGAGAGGAGCCCGCCACGUGCCCACCACCAUUGUCUUCUUCAACCCCUGGUCCACUCAUUUCAUUUCACAGAACAAACUGGUGAAGUGCAGUGCCUUUUGCCAGAGACAUUUUAACUUAAAUGCUUGUCAGACCGUUUUCAAACUUUUCUUUUCUUGUCUGUGCCAUCUCCCACGUGAACAAAGCCUGGAUGUUGAGGAGGCUGAGGGUCCUUACGGUUUGGGAGUGAAGGAUUCUGGGUCCGCUUUGUGCCUGUACGAUAUGCUCUGCUAUGAUCUGCCCUGUACCCUCCACACACAGUCACAGCUCCCAAUGUCUUCACUGCAGAAAGACUCUGGAAAAAAAAAAAGAACUGCAGCACUCCCCUGAGUAUGUGUCAAAACAAAAUGUGACUGAAACUUUGCAUCUUGAUGGGCUUUAGGAAGGUAUGUCAUAUUCACAGUAAUGAACAGUACAGCGUGCAAUAUUCACAGUAAUGUACAGUACAGCGUCCAAUAACAUGUGAUCCCAGUUUUGUGUUUGAUCAUCGCAUGGCUGGCAGAUGUGGCCAAGGCCUUGAAAAGGUGCUCUUGUGUCAUCUGUGUUUUCUGCACGCGUUCAUGUCCUAGUGAAGGACCUCGCAUGUACUCACACAGAGGUCUGUUCACAGUGAAGGGCUAACCUAACUGGACACCCAACAAUAUGCUCUUAACGUAUGAAGUGAUGUAUUUGUAUGCAUGAACAUGUAAUCUGUAGUUAGUUUGUUUUUAUGUGUGACCGGACAUUGUGUGCUCUGUGCUCUGGCCGAGAUGAUGACACCACACAGAGAAGAGCUCGCUUUAGAACACGUCCGGCACCAUUCUGUGCCGGGCCACACUGGGCCCACAUCCGGUCCUCGUCUGGCCCAGAACCGGCUGCUCUCCCGGUAGCCACAGCUGCUAAUGAGGGCUCAUGCACUGUGUGCAGGAAAAACAAGCACUGGUGACGCAUUACCACCUUUCGAAAUGAAACCAAUUUUGUCUUUUUAUUUGCCACAAUAAAUAUACUGUUGAUUAUUUUAACAAAAA